AUGUCAGAAACCUCCACGGAAGAGAUUCCUGACGACCAGGUGUUUCGUCCCGUGAAGGACGAAAACGGCAAUCCCACCAACAACCGGUUCAAAGUGAGCCGAGACUUGCCCGAUGACUUGGACCAGUUCAUCGAGGUCGCUCUGCCCAAGACGGGGAUUCUUUCGUGCUUCAAAGUCUACCAUCGUCAAUCACAAAUCGGCAAGAAGAAAGGCGGCGACGGCCCCGAUCGCCGCAACACCGUGCUUCCCGAUGGUUGGUUUCAGUGUCUGGUAGAGCACGAGGGCACCAUGUGUGGCGAGUGGUUCUAUUUACCGCACACAUUUAGAGGCAAUUGGCGCCACCUCAAGGCCCACGUCGAUAAACAACACCCCGAACACCACGUGGCCCAACCGAAACGCGUGGUUGAGCAAACCUUCGACCCCGUCAACGACGGGAUGGACUUUUAUGUCGCCGACUUCAUGGAAGAGUGCGGUGUGCUGCCACUGAUCUUCCUGGACGCCCGGUUCCGACGCCUUUUGCGGCCCGAGAUCUUGAAACACGUCCCCAAUGAGCAACGGGCGACCGAGAUACUCGAAAAGUUGGGCCGACAACGCAAAAAGAUCAAGAAGCUUGUUUAA